AUGCGAAUCUCAUCUCCAAAAAUGUGGCAAAAUUUUAUUUUCCUUAUCUUACAACUAUUCCUGCCUUGUGUGUUGUGCAUCGAAAUAACUUUGGAGCCUACUCCGCCUUUCGCAGAAACGAAGAGUGGAUGGGUUGAAGGGUACAUUCAAAAAACGGUUGGAGGUCAUCAGAUAGUCGCGUUUGAAGGGAUCAAAUACGCCGAAGCUCCAACUGGGCAGCUUAGAUUUAGGUUUACUGAUGCGAUACCUCCUGAUCCUGCGAAGAAAUCAAGGCUGGUGGGUAAAUUACCAGUCCUAAUUUAUAUUCAUGGAGGUGGCUACAUUUACGGUCGUAGCUCUGAAAUCGGUGCUGCGUAUUUGCUCAAUAAGCAAAAUGUUAUACUGGUAACGAUCAACUAUCGCCUCGGGGUAUUAGGAUUCUUCACCACUGGAGACGACGAAGCGUCUGGCAAUUGGGGAAUGAAAGAUCAAGCCUUAGCAAUAAAAUGGGUGGUCAAAAAUAUCAAAAACUUUGGGGGCGAUCCACAACGUAUCACGCUGGUCGGAAACAGUGCGGGAGCAGCAAGUGUUGGACUUCACAUGGUCUCGCCACAAAGCAAAGACUUAUUCCAGCGAGCAAUUCUCGAAUCCGGAUCGCAAUUUACGAUUUGGGCCGUGCAAAACGAAACUUACUCAAGUUCAUUGGUCGUCGCUAGAGAAAUGGGUUGUCAUAAAGGGGGCAAUUCUGCCGCCAUGGUUUCCUGUCUUCGAGCCAAAGAUGCGGAUUGGAUGGUCGGAAGGUCAAUCAAAGCGUGGAGGAUGCUUCUCUUGUCGAGACUCCCGUUCGGACCGGUGGUCGAGUCGGUCUGGACAAAAUCCCUGUUUCUCACCGAGGCACCGGAAGUGUCUUAUCGAAACGGGAGAGUAAGCCGGGUUCCGAUGAUUGUUGGAUUAAAUAAGGAUGAAGGAUCUAUUUUCGCGGCGGGAAUUCAAUUCUAUCCUGGCUAUCGGACCCAUACAAACUUAAAUUGGAACUGUGUCAUACCGUACGCAUUAAGUUUUGAGGACCGGACCACCGCCCAGAAUGCGGGACACGUUGCACAGAAAAUUAAAACUUAUUACUUGGGAAAGGAUCCAAAAAUUACGUUUCGGAAUCGAAACAAGUGGAUGAAGUUCUUCGGAGACAGAUUGAUCGUACAAGGGGUACACGCCAUCAUGGAGCAGCAUUCCAAAAUUGCCCCGACGUACGGAUACAUGUUUUCCUACGCGGGCGAGCGGUCCAUCGUGCAAACUAGCGGUCUUAAUCGGGACAACUGGGGGGUCGCUCAUACAAAUGAAAUGCUCUAUUUGUACAACAAUACGAAACAGUUUCCCAAUAUGAAUGAGACCAGUAAGGAUUUCAAAGUUUCGGAAACAUUGGUCAAUUUGUGGACCAGUUUUGCAGAGGCGGGAAUCCCCAGUUUGCACGAGUCUGAUUAUCGAUCCCCUGCCAAAAUCUGGAAGCCAAUUUCACCCACUGCAAUGAAACUAUUAGAAAUUAAUUCCGUCAACCAAGUUCCAAGAAUGAUCAAAUUUCCGCAAGAUAUUUCAGAAAGGGUUGAAUUCUGGAAAAGUCUUGGACUUAGGGGUGAUCCUGUGUUUCCUUAA